AUGUUUUCAAAAGGUGAUCGAAUUAGUUUUCAGCCUACUUACAAUCCUCCUGUUGGCUAUUAUGAAAUAAACCAAUAAUAAAAUAAUAAAGGCAUAGAUUUUUCAAAAUCUUUGGCAAGAAAUCUAAAUAAUAGAUAAAGUGUUAGCCCUAAAAACUAUAAUAAUAAUUUACCAAGAGUUUCCUUAGCAAGUCCAUAAUUAUCGGCUUAUGCUAAACCAGGUGAAAGAAUGAAAAUUGAAUAGAAAUAUAAAAAACCAGAAAGAAGAAGCUUCAGUUACUCUUAAAAUCCAGACAUUUCAAUUAAUAAUUUCUAGAAUUUACCCCUUAAAUAAAAAGGUAAACGACUUAAGAUAGUCUAUCAAAAACAAAAUACAGAAUUAGAAAAUUCUAUUGAAGAAACUAGGUAAUUAUAAGUUUAAGGAUAUUACAAUUCAAGAUCUCAAACUCCUAUGUCAGGAUAAUCGAAGAGAAGAAAACCAAAAAGUAUGAAUACUCAUUAUUAGUAUUGAGCACAUAGGAAUAUUUUUUCUUUAUUUCCUUCUGAUAGUUUGGAGUUAGCUUAACAAAGAGAAAAAAUGAAAGAUAAACCAGUUCCUCCUCCUGGAGCGUAUUAUAAUGAAUAGAUUGAUUCCUCUAUAAAGAUUGAAAAAAUACCUUGGAGAUAUUAAUGUUUCUCUUCAUCAGCUAAGAGAUUUAGUUAAUAAUAGUAAGAUGCAGGUCCUAGUGUAGGUGCUUAUGAUAUUAAAACAAAAUCAAAAGUUAUUGGAGUUAUUUCAAUUGAUAAAUAUAGUAAAAGAUAAGAUAAAUUCUUAAAUUUUCCUGGAGUUGGUGCCUAUGACAUUAAUUAAUCAUUUACAUAAUAAAAACCUAAACAAAAAUAAUAAUAAGAUUUUCCAAGUCCAUUUGGAUUAAGUGGUAAGAGAUUUUGA